CAAAAACGGAGCGAGCCCUUGGUGCAACCGGGUAAGAAUGCUGGAAUUCAUUUUCACUGCACGCGCACAAUUACGCACGACAAUUGCUUUUCGAGAACACCACCACCCGGCAGAGAGCGAACUUUUACGUAAACAUUGUGGAGCUGUCAUAACGAACGUGCCCCCCUUCGGGAACGUUCAUCAGCCGCAGUGCCCGUCUGUCCAUGGCAACGGAAAACUAUCGAUCAAUCAGGAACGGAAACGUCGGUCCACAAAUUGCACAAAUAGGCAGAAAACGUUAUCCGUAGCCAUGUCUUACCUGUGCCUUGGUCCGAUGAGUGCUGGUAAAACGCUCCUGCUGACCUGCCUGCAGAAACCGGACUCGGUGAACUUUACCUCCCAUUCCGUUCCGAGCGUGGGCACGAACCUGUACACCAUCAAGAUACCGCCGAUCGUUAUCGACGAGAAGGAUGUGAACCAGAAGAUUCCUCCACCGGGAAAGCGCAAAGAGUUGGUGCAGGUGCGUGAAGUCGGCGGAUGUUUGGCGCCCAUCUGGCGCGACUAUUUGCUCAAUCCAGUGGAGAAGCUUAUCUAUGUGGUGGAUACUUCGAAUCUGUGCCAAAUAUCGGCCGCAGGUGUGCUGCUGUACUCCAUGCUAGCGGAACCGCGAUUGAAAAAGACGAAAUUUCUGCUCGUACUUUCAAAGAUGGAUCUUGCCUAUCGUCAGAUGCGUAACGAGGCGCUGCUCAUGCUGCAGAUGGAAAAAUUUCAAAAGCAGAUACCGCAGCACAUAACGAUCGUGCAGUUCAGUGCCAUUACGAAGGAAGGCAUCGACGAGGUGUACGACUGGUUGGCAAUGAAUUAAACCGGUUGCUUGUUGAAUCAAUGCAUAGAUCACAAUAAAUUUAUAUUUACGUUUUACUUCUCGCCAUUUGCUGCGACCGUUUC